GAAGAAAUUGACACAGCAUCCGAGAUUUUAUAUGAGCGAAUGAAAGCUCUCGGGCCUCAAGUCCCCGACUUAGUUAUAUUACCAGUAUAUUCAGCUUUGCCUGGUGAAAUGCAAUCGCGAAUUUUCGAGCCUGCACCUCCAGGAAGUCGUAAAGUUGUAAUCGCAACAAACAUUGCUGAAACAUCAAUUACUAUUGAUGGGAUUUACUAUGUUGUAGAUCCAGGCUUUGUAAAGCAAAAUGCCUAUGAUGCUAAAGUCGGAAUGGAUUCUUUAAUUGUUACUCCUAUUUCACAAGCACAAGCACGACAACGUUCUGGUCGCGCUGGCCGUACAGGUCCUGGAAAGUGUUAUCGCCUUUAUACAGAAGCGGCUUAUCAUAACGAAAUGCUUCCAAAUCCAGUACCGGAAAUUCAACGCACUAACCUCGCACAUACAGUGCUGACACUCAAGGCUAUGGGUAUUAAUGACCUUUUGCAUUUUGAUUUCAUGGACCCACCACCUGUUCAAACCCUUCUCACAGCAUUAGAACAACUUUAUGCCCUUUCCGCUUUGGAUGAUGAAGGUCUCUUGACUAGACUAGGCCGUAAGAUGGCAGAAUUUCCUCUAGAACCUCCACUUGCAAAGAUGCUCAUUUUAUCGGUUGAACUCGGAUGCUCUGAAGAAAUCCUGACGAUAGUCGCAAUGUUAUCUGUUCAAAAUGUUUUUUAUAGACCUAAAGAAAAACAAGCUGUUGCUGAUCAAAAAAAAGCAAAAUUUCAUCAGCCAGAAGGUGACCACUUAACUCUUUUGACAGUAUAUAACGCCUGGAAAGCUAGUAAGUUUUCCAAUGCAUGGUGCUUCGAGAACUUUAUUCAAGGUCGAAGUAUGAAAAGAUGCCAAGAUAUUCGUAAGCAACUUUUAGGUAUAAUGGAUCGAUAUAAGCAAGACAUUAUUUCUUGUGGCAAGAAUUAUGUUAAGGUUCGCAAAGCAAUUUGUGGUGGAUUUUUCCGUCAUGCGGCAAAAAAGGACCCACAGGAAGGUUAUAAGACCCUGGUUGAAGGUACGCCAGUGUAUAUUCACCCCUCCAGCGCUUUAUUUAAUAAGGGUCCUGAAUG